AUGCCUAAACACCGCCCUGCUACCUCUGGGUAUGCCCGUCUCGCCCAGGAGGAGGAUUUCUCGGAUGACGCCGAUGAGGAUGACCUUCAGGGCACCGUUUCUCAAUCCGCCCCUCGGUAUGCUCCUAUCUCCCACCGCGCCGGCCACAUGCAGGCCUCCUCUCCUCCCGAACAUCGACGGAGACACAGCGGUCACUACUAUCGACGAGGGCGCAGAAAUUCGGGCGUGGAUAUCAAGGCCAUCAAUGCGCGAUUGGAAAAAUGGGCAGAGGAGAUCGCCUCCAAGUUCAAGAUCCACCGAGUCAAGGGCAAGACCUAUGAAGAGGAGAAGCUCGAGAUCUACCACUCCGUCUUUCAGGCUCCUGAAGGCAUUAGACCGAUCACAGCGGAGAUGCUUGAGUCGGAUGAGAUUGAAGGUGCUCAGCGGAGGGCUCGGGCUGAAUUCGAGGAAGUCGUGGAGAGCGUCCGCCUCGCAAUCGAGCUGGGAGUGCAUCCCCGAAUGAUUUCCCAGGGAAGCUCGGGAAGUUACUUUGCGCGCAACAGUGAAGGUAAAGUUGUGGGUGUCUUCAAGCCCAAGGAUGAGGAACCCUAUGCAUCCCGCAAUCCCAAAUGGACCAAGUGGAUUCACAGAAAUCUAUUCCCAUGCUUCUUCGGCCGCGCCUGUCUGAUUCCCAACCUUUCCUACGUUUCCGAAGCGGCGGCAUAUGUUCUCGACUCGCGACUACGCACAAACCUCGUCCCCUACACGGAUAUCGUCUGGCUGUCCUCCAAGUCUUUCUUUUACGAUUUCUGGGAUCGAAGGAAGGCAUGGAUGGGCAAGAAACCGUUUCCUCACAAGGCCGGUAGUUUUCAGGUUUUCCUGAAAGGAUUCAAGGAUGCAAAUCUAUUCCUGCGUGACCACCCAUGGCCCGAUCAGACCAACACUGGAUUCCGAGCUGAGGACGCCCCGAAACGUAAGAAGCGGCCAUGGAAUGAGGCCUGUCGCCCUUCGGGAGUUCAUUCGGAUGAUGAGGAUGACGAGGAAGAAUACGAUAAUGGCCAAGCUCGUACUCCAUCUCCACGGGAGGAGAGUAAUGAACGCCGAUUCUACUGGACCGAAGGUCUCAAGCAGGCGUUCAGAGAAGAGCUGGAGAAAUUGGUGAUUUUGGACUACAUCAUGCGGAAUACCGAUCGAGGUCUGGACAACUGGAUGAUCAAGAUCGACUGGCAAACAGAAGAAGUGGCCAUUGUUGCGGACCCUCCCAAACAAGAUGGUUUCCAGCAGGAUGACGACGAGCACAUGCCCCCGCCUCAACCUGUCUCAUUAACGCCUGACCAGGCCGCCUCUGGAUCAGGCCCCUACAGACGACACGAAACAAUGGUUGCUAUCAGUCGCACUGGAACUCCGUUGAAUGCACAAGAGCCACAAGCCACUGUCCAACUUGGCGCCAUCGACAACAGUUUGUCAUGGCCGUGGAAGCACCCUGACGCUUGGCGAAGCUUCCCCUUUGGUUGGUUGUUCCUCCCGGUGUCUCUCAUUGGGCAGCCAUUUUCUCAGCGAACAAGAGAGCAUUUCUUACCGCUUCUCACUUCAACGGCAUGGUGGAGUGGCACGCAAAUGGCUCUCCGACGGAUAUUCUCGCAGGACGAUGAUUUCAAGGAGAGUAUGUUUGCGAGACAGAUUGCGGUCAUGAAGGGUCAAGCAUGGAAUGUUGUCGAGACUUUGAAGCAUGCAGACCACGGUCCUCUGGAGCUGACCCGCAGGACCAGAGUAUGUGUCUGGGAUGACUUGGUAGAUGUCCCGGUCGCCAUUCCUCUUCGCGCGCCAUCUACAGACAUGCAAAAACGCAGAGCUCGGAAUUACGACUUGGAUGACGAAGAGAUGGACAUUGGCGCUUCUGCGUCUUUACAAACCGAAUCCGAUCACGAUCUCUUGGGUCUUGGUUCUCCCUCGGGUGAGCUUCCUAAUCCCAACCGGUUCGAGCUUUCACGGGGCCGCAACUCACGUGAACAAGGACAAGCAAGGACGCAGAACGGCAGUCCCGCGACUUUGGGAAAUCAUGAGUUCGGCCGGGAGGAUGAUAUAGGCUAUGGGAGAGAUUUAGACAGGAGCUGGGCUACACUCCCUCCCCGGCCAACCGGUAAGCACACUGGUCACCGUCGCAAGCAAAGCUCUAUAUCCAGUGUGCUUGGACCAAACUUCGUUUUUGGCGGCGACGACCUGGAGGGUGAUCUGGGAUACGCCGCUGCAGAGGGCAUGGAAGGCAACCAACGCAAAGUCAUCGUCGAGCGACUCGAGGCCGUCAAGAGUAAAAACCCAGUCUUCACAUGGAAACGCCUUCAGGCCAAUGGUAACGACCCAGAACCCCCCUCUGCCCCCUCGGAGGAAUCAUGCAGCGACACGACUAGUCCUGGAUGUCUAGAUAAUCCCUACACUUUUUUCCCAUCUGCUCGUUCCCCCUCUCCUCCUGAUGACCCCAUCGACUCGGAUACAGCUGGUUCUCUUUACUCACUCGUCCAUGGCACAGGCCAGCAGGAUCCCGGAAAAUCGCCGCGAACCGCCCCCUCAGCGACUGUCGCCUCAGCGCCCACUACUCCCGUAGCGCAUCACUAUAUCAGCCCGCAACAUCAUCAGCCUUCCUCGAACCCGAGUCCAACGGCAAUAUGGAACCUUGAGUCGCGCGGGCCAAGAACCCCCAGCAGCGGGGCUAGCUCCUCAUCGCAGCACUUAGUCCCGCUGGAACCCGCGGUGGAUGUGCAGUUUAGCAGCACGCUGUCAGAUGAUGGUAGCGAUGGAAAACGAAGCUUUGAGCAGCUCGGUGCUGACCUCGGUCAUGGCAGCCUGAUCGAAGAUAUGUAUGGAGUGGAGAGGCGCACGGUUCCGGUAUACAAAAAAGCCAAGGGCCCUGAUGAGAAGCCCAUUCCCGUCAAAAGGGGAUCUUUUUCAGUGAAUGGGAAUACCGAGUUGGGUGGGUAUAUGAAGGAGGACCGAGGGACAUCGGGAUACUCGUCGCCUGCUACAUCUAAUGUUGUUGACUUGACCUCAGAUGCCCCGAGCCGUUCUAAUAAUGACGAUGACGAUCUCCAAGUCACAGGGUCUGUCAACCUCAGCAUCCAGAGAGUCUGUUAUGGGAAGCUAGAAAAUGCGAUGGUCCAGGCUUUUUUGGUGCCCAAACCCGCCUCACAAAAUAUAUUCGGGGAUUCUCUCGACUGGCCCUCCAUGAAGUUAGGGGUCCACCGUCAGCCAAGCCAAGAUACCAAAAUCGAAAUCUCAGACCCCCAUGGGAAGAAAUUUGGAGCUGUGGAUGGGAGAACGGCCUCAGUCAUAGUCCCACUGCUGGAUUCGCCUGCGCUGAGAGUAGAAACCACUGCUCGUUUAGAUGUGAGAAGACGGUCGCCAGGUGAAUUGCCGUGGAUGCCCUGUUCCAGUGCCUACCGCGUAUCUAUCAAUCUGUACGGCCUGAGAAAGGAUGCUGAAUUGGUCGGGAAGCAUCUUGGCCAGCAUAAUGUCUGGCUUGGGACCCCUAACUCUGUGGAACAAGGAGUGCCGGUGUUUAAUCCCCACGCCGAGAGGCGACGUGCUCAGGCAUCAAUGUUGCCCGCAAUAGCUGCUCGUGGCCGACCGGGGGGUAACUAUGAAGUUCGAACGGCAGAGGAGGUCAACGACGCAGUCAUGAAAAUGUUUGAUCAACUCCAAAGUGCGGAUAGUAUUCCCGAAAUGGAACCUCCAUCUCUUUUGUUAACGCCGCUUCUUCGGCAUCAAAAACAAGCACUCUGGUUCAUGACUGAGAAAGAGAAGCCUCGCAAAUUUGGUGUCAAGGAGGAAGACAACAACUCCCUGUGGCGAAUGGACUACCAGCCCAAUGGAGCCAAACGGUUUCGUGAAAUAAUCAGUGGCACCGUCCUUGAUUAUGAACCACCCCAGAGUUUGGGGGGUCUUUUGGCCGAUAUGAUGGGUCUAGGAAAAACUUUGAGCAUUCUUUCCCUCGUCGCAUCCUCUCUUGGAGAAUCCCGCGAGUGGGAAAAGGUGAUACCACCACCAGAACUUGUUCGUAGCUUCCCGGGUAUCCGCAAUACCAGAACGACGUUACUUGUGGCUCCUCUCAGUACCAUCAAUAACUGGGUUGGACAAAUUAAGGAGCAUCUCAAGGAGGACGCUAUUUCUUACUACGUUUUCCAUGGCUCGUCGAGAACGACCAAUGUCGACGAGCUGUCAAAGUAUGACCUGGUCAUCACAACGUACAGCAUCAUCCUCAGCGAGCUGUCUGGAAGGGGUUCGAAGCGAGGCGUAAGUCCUCUGACCAAGAUGAACAUGUUCCGCAUUGUUCUAGACGAGGCGCAUACAAUCCGCGAACAAAGUGCGGCGCAAACCCAAUCUAUAUUCAAGCUCAACUCGCACCGUCGUUGGUCGGUGACCGGAACACCUAUCCAAAAUCGUUUGGAGGACUUAUUCUCGGUCACCAAGUUCCUGGGACUUCACCCAUACGACGACAAAAGCAGGUUUUCAACACAUAUUCUGAGCCGGUUCAAGAUCGGUGAUGCCACGGUUCUCGCGAGCUUGCGUGUGCUUGUCGACUCGUUUACCCUACGUCGAGUCAAAGAUAAGAUUAAUAUUCCCUCUCGUCACGAUAAGAUAAUUACGUUGAAUUUCUCUGAAAAGGAACGGCAGCUGCAUGAAUACUUCAGGAAGGAAUCCAAUGUAAUGAUGAAUGUCAUUGCCGGAGAGAGUAAUGCAAAGAUGAAGGGCCGGAUGUAUCACCAUGUUCUGAAAGCAAUGAUGAUAUUACGACAAGUCAGUGCCCACGGAAAGGAGCUUCUCGAUGGCGAGGAUCGAGAGAGAAUCAAAGGAAUGAGCGUGCAGGAUGCCAUUGACCUCGAGGAGGGCGGAGGAGAAGUUGCCGGGGUCACAGAUAAGAAGGCUUUCGAGAUGUUUACAUUGAUGCAAGAAUCCUCGGCCGAUUCAUGCGCAACGUGUGGGAAACGACUGGAGGAGUCCAGCACAGACUCAGGGGCUGUUGACCGCAAAGCAGCUAUAGCGAUUGUGCUUCCCUGCUUUGAUGUUAUUUGCCCCGAGUGCUUUUCUGGGUGGAAUCAGGCAUUUGAUUCGCAAGCCGGGAAAUCCUCGCAUGAUACCAAAUGUCAGGUUUGUGAGGGAUGGAUACCUGCUUCGUAUUCGUCAAUCACCCCAGCAGGGCUUCAAGAAUACGUGGUGGACCAAGCGAAAGCAAAGCAGGUUCGCAAGCAGGCUAAGACGCUUGGAGAAUAUGAAGGACCACACACAAAAACCAAGGCUCUGGUGGCUCAGCUGAUGGAGUCCGAAAAGAAGAGCAAAGAGCUGAAGGAAGAGCCCCCAAUUAAAAGCGUGGUGUUUUCUGGCUGGACUUCGCACCUUGACUUGAUCGAGAUCGCCUUCCGAGACAAUGGAAUCACAGGAUUUACCCGUCUCGAUGGAACAAUGACAUUGGCUGCUCGCAAUAAAGCCCUCGAAGAGUUCCACAGCAACAAUAAAAUCACCGUUCUGUUGGCUACCAUUGGAGCCGGUGGUGUCGGCCUGAACCUCACUUCCGCUUCGAAUGUAUAUAUCAUGGAACCGCAGUACAAUCCAGCGGCCGUUGCACAAGCAGUGGAUCGUGUGCACCGACUUGGGCAAACGCGAGAGGUUACGACCGUGCAAUUCAUCAUGAAGGGCAGUAUCGAGGAGAAGAUCUUCGAAUUGGCCAAGAAGAAGCAGCAGUUGGCCGAUUUGAGUAUGAACCGCGGCAAGAUCGACAAGAAAGAAGUUCAGGAGCAGCGGAUGAAAGAAUAUAGAACUUUGUUUAAAUGA